ACCAAGCAACAAUCCCAGAUGAGAAUCCCAAGCCCCCCCUCUCUCUCUCUCUCUCUCUCUCUCUCUCUCCUCCCAUGUGCAUAUCUCCAUUAAAGCUCUCUCUAAGGAAGAAUUUUGUUUCAAAAUUUUAAAAUAUUCUCGUUGGCAGCAUGAAGUGCUUGGAGGAAUGGAAGUCAUUUUCUGAAGAGGCUCUACACAGUUCUCUUCUCAUCUUCUUCUUCUAGCUUUCUCUCUCCUUUCAUCUUUUAAUAUCCCUCCAUUUAUCCCCUCUGCUUUUCAGCCAAGAUUCAAACCCAAAACAGAGUAUGGAAAGUGCUGAGAUUCGUAGAUGGGAAGGGUAUGUGGACUGGCGGAAGAGGGCGGCUGUGAGAGGCCGCCAUGGGGGGAUGAUUGCAGCGUCCUUUGAUUUGGUUGUGGAGAUAUUGGAGAAUUUGGCGUUCUUGGCAAAUGCAAGCAAUUUGGUGAUGUAUUUGUCUCAUUACAUGCACUUUUCUCCAUCAAAAUCGGCUAACAAUGUCACAGCUUUCAUGGGAACUGCCUUUCUCCUUGCCCUCCUUGGUGGCUUCCUUUCUGAUGCCUUUUUCACCUCUUAUCUCAUCUUCCUCAUUAGUGCUGCCAUUCAAUUGCUCGGGUUGGCAAUAUUGGUGAUACAAGCAAAGAUGCCAUCGCUGAAGCCUCCUCCAUGCGAUCAUCAAGCAAACCACACCGCCAUGUGCCAAGAAGCGAGUGGUGGAAAAGCAGCCAUGUUGUUUGCCGGGCUAUAUCUGGUGGCGUUGGGCGUCGGUGGCAUAAAGGGGUCGCUGCCGUCGCAUGGGGCUGAGCAGUUUGAUGACAGUAACCCACAGGGCAGGAAAAGGAGAUCCACUUUCUUCAACUACUUCGUGUUUUGUCUGUCAUGUGGUGGGCUUAUUGCAGUCACAUUGGUGGUGUGGGUCGAAGACAACAAAGGGUGGGAGUGGGGCUUUGGAAUUUCAAUGCUCAGCAUAUUCUUGUCCAUGGUUGUCUUCUUUGCAGGCUCCCCUCUUUACCGCAACAAAAUACCUAAUGGAAGUCCAUUCACAACAAUUAGCAAGGUCUUAGUAGCUGCAACGUUCGGUUGCUGUGUUAGCCCGAACUCACGAAACUCGAUAGCGAGUAUGGCGAUGAGUCCAGCUCUUGAUGGAAAAGAAGCUAAACAGAAUGCAAAAGGAAGAGAUUCAACAGAUGUUGUGGAUGAACCAUCAGAGAGUCUCAAGUUUCUAAAUAAUGCAGUUCUGAAAAAGCCAUUCCACUCAGCAUUAGAAUGUACAGUUAAAGAAGUUGAAGAAGUGAAGAUUGUGUUGAAAAUUCUACCAAUAUUUGCUUGCACUAUCAUCCUCAACUGCUGUGUGGCUCAGCUCUCUACAUUUUCAGUUGAACAAGCAUCAACAAUGGACACCAAAAUAGGUUCCUUUAAAGUUCCACCUGCAUCUCUCCCCAUAUUCCCUAUUCUCUUCAUUAUGUUCCUCGCCCCAAUAUACGAUCACAUAGUCAUCCCAUUUGCUCGAAGGAUAACGAAAACCGAAAUGGGAAUCACUCAUCUCCAAAGGAUAGGAGUUGGGUUAGUUUUCUCUAUUGGAGCCAUGGCAGUUGCAGCAGCUGUUGAGACGAAGCGCAAGAGAGUAGCCACCGGAAAUGGUCUACUCGACUCUGCUCAACCAUUGCCCAUCACAUUCCUUUGGAUCGCCAUCCAGUACUUAUUUCUUGGAUCAGCAGAUCUUUUCUCCUUGGCUGGAUCAUUAGAAUUUUUCUUCACAGAAGCACCUGCAAGCAUGAGAUCCUUGGCCACAUCUCUUUCCUGGGCUUCUCUGGCUAUGGGCUACUACCUUAGCUCAGUGAUCGUAUCGAUCGUCAACACCGUCACAGGUAACUCCAAUCACCAUCCAUGGCUAUCUGGAACAAACAUAAACCAUUAUCACCUUGAGAGAUUCUACUGGUUGAUGUGUGUGCUCAGCGGAUUAAAUUUUGUGCACUACCUAUUUUGGGCAAUGCAGUACAAGUACAGACCAAAAUCACAACAAUAGGUGAACUAUAUAUAUAUAUGUAUAUGUGAUGCAAUAAUACAUACAGGUUCCCGUGUUUGAACUACA